AGCCCCUCUGUGGAGGCUGAGGAGCAUGGUGGGAUGGGGGCUGGCCCAUCCUGCGCUUCCGUCAGCACGGCCGUGGCUGCAGGCCAGGGGAGAGCAGCACGCCAGCAAGGAGCAAGCCUGUCCGACCUGUUCCUCCAGGCUCAGGGGCCCAGAGCAGGCUGCUGUUCCCAGCUGGAGCACUGGACACCCCAGGGCCCAGGACCCUGCAGUGGGGGCAGGCAGGAGGGGAAGGCUGGCACAGCAGUGCAGUGGGUGCUGGUGGGACCCAGCAUCCUGGCCCCAAACCAGGAGUGUGACACCCCCACCCCAGCACCCGUUUUUGGGGUCAGCUCAGUCUGGGUGCUGGACCGAGGAUGCUCCUCAGCCCUGGGGCCCAUGGAGGUGCAGCACCCUGGUGCUUGGUCUUGACUCACCUGUAAUGGAUGCCCGGGCUGGAUCCUGGCACCGGUGCAGCGCCGUGACCCCAGGAGCUUCUCUUCCUUCGGUGUUUCCCUGGAAGAUGGGCAGUGGAGGCUGGUGAGGGAGGCCAGGGAAAACGGAGCUGUUGAGCUGGGCACAGCAUGGAUCCUCCAUGACUCCUUCCCAGGAAAUUCCUGCCUUACAAAAAAAGCCCGUUUUUGUCCUCAGAGGUUGCAAAACCCCAGGAGGAGCAGCCAGCCACGCUGUGUGACCCAGCCGUGGGGGGAUCUCUCAGGGGGCCAUCCCUGGCCAGCACAACGGGCUUGUUUUGGUGUUGAAUCAGGUCAGCCCUGCCUUCCCGGCAGGUGGCCUUUGAAACCACCGGCAUUUCCUUAAACUCUUCUCAGGGAAAGUCCCGGCUGCCGCACCGCCCGCUGCCUCCAUAAAGCGCCGGGCCGGCGGCGGGCGCGGGACAGCGCACCAUGGGCAACUGGCUGGUCAACCACUGGUUCUCGGCCGCCGUGCUCGCAGCCUGGCUGGGCAUCAACAUCUUCCUCUUCACCUACUACUUUCUGUUCUUUGACCGGGACGAGCGCUAUUUCUACACCAGGGCCAUCCUCGGGUCUGCCUUGGCAUGGGCUCGAGCAUCAGCCAAGUGCCUCAACUUCAACAGCAUGCUGAUCCUGCUGCCCGUCUGCCGCAACCUGCUCUCCUUCCUCCGCGGGACCUGCUCGUGCUGCAGGCGGACGUUGAGGAAGCAGCUGGACCACAACCUCACCUUCCACAAGCUGGUGGCCUACGCACUGGCCCUGCUCACAGCUGUGCACACCAUCGCCCACCUCUUCAACCUGGAGCGCUACAACCAGAGCCAGCAAGCCGCUGACAGCAGCCUCCCCGCUGUCCUCUCCAAGAUGCACCUGCAGGGCAGCCAGUGGCUGAACCCCAUCCACUCCAACCAGACGACCGUCGAGUAUGUGGCUUUCACGACCAUCCCGGGGCUCACGGGGGUGAUCAUCACGCUGGCACUCAUCCUCAUGGUCACGUCCUCCACCGAGUUCAUCCGCAGGAACUACUUUGAGCUCUUCUGGUACACUCACCACCUCUUCCUCGUCUACUUCGCCGGCCUCGUCAUCCACGGCAUCGCCGGGCUGGUGCGUGGGCAGACGGAGCAGAGCAUGGCAGAGGUGCACCCCUCUCACUGCGCCGAGUACCUCACACGGCGGGAGCAGAACUGCACCCACCAGUGCUGCACUGACCCCGAGUUCGGGGGCAUCCCUGCCGAGUCCUGGAAGUGGGUUCUCGCCCCCAUCAUCCUCUACGUCUUUGAGCGGAUGCUGCGGGUCUGGCGGGCGCAGCAGAAGGUGGUUGUCAAAAAGGUUGUCAUGCACCCUGCCCGCGUGCUGGAGCUGCAGAUGCAGAAGAAGGGUUUCUGCAUGGAGGUGGGGCAGUACAUCUUCAUCAACUGCCCCGCCAUCUCCCCGCUGGAGUGGCACCCCUUCACCCUCACCUCUGCACCCGAGGAGGAUUUCUUCUCCAUCCACAUCCGGGCAGCUGGCGACUGGACAGAGCGUCUCAUCGACACCUUCCAAGUGCAGACACCCAGGUGGGUUGGGGAGUGCCCAACAGGCCGUGCCAGGGGUUUGGGGAGGCCGUGCCUCUCACCCAGACCUGCUUUGGCCAGGGUGGAGGUGGAUGGUCCCUUUGGCACAGCCAGUGAAGACGUGUUCCAGUACGAGGUGGCCAUGCUGGUUGGCGCGGGCAUCGGCGUCACCCCCUUCGCCUCCAUCCUCAAGUCUGUCUGGUACAAGUUCCAGCAGGCUGACCAGACCCUCAAGACCAAGAAGAUCUACUUCUACUGGCUCUGCCGGGACACAGGAGCCUUUGCCUGGUUCAACGACCUGCUGGCCUCUCUGGAGCAGAAGAUGGCCGAGUCGGGCAAGGCAGACUUCCUCACCUACCGCCUCUUCCUCACUGGCUGGGACACCAGCAUUGCCAACAACGUGGCACUGCACUUUGACACCGCCACGGACACAGUGACGGGCCUCAGGCACAAAACCAUCUUCGGGCGGCCCAUGUGGAACACGGAGUUUGCAGCGGUGGCUGCAGCCCACCCCAGGUCAGUGGUCGGUGUGUUCCUCUGUGGGCCAGAGGCCCUGGCAAGGAGCCUGAAGAAAUCUUGUCACCAACACUCCAGCCUGGACCCCAGGAAGGUCAAAUUCUACUUCAACAAAGAAAACUUCUAAGUGGCAGCGAGGCUGGCACCCCAGCAGGCACGGACCCUGACUGUGCUGCCUCAGGCCUUUCCAAAGCAAGGCCAGGGAGAAACAUCUGGGCAUGCACUGAAGCCAAGCAACACACAGCAAGGUACUCUCUCUGUGAGAACUUCCAGGUUCAAAGACUGCUGCCUGCCUGUCCUGGUGUCCAAGAGGUCCUCAUGGAGCAAGAGAGCCUGCAGCUCCAGCCAGCCCCUGGGACAGCAGAGCCACGUUCUGUGAUGCUGCUGGAGCAGCAGGGAGCUGUGGGAGCCCAGCGGGUCGGGCAGCACCACUGGAUGGGGAUGGGACAUGGGCAUCCCCGCAGGUGUCAGGGGCCAAACCUGCCCCUCAGGGUUUAAACACUCUUUUGUACAAGAAUAAAUUAAACUUCCUCUUCUUUGUAAUGAAA